UGCGCCUAUCAGUGCCACAUCAAUGCCACAUAUCAGUGCAUACCAGUGCACAUCAAUGCCACAUAUCAGUGCCCAUCUGAGCUGCCUUUCAGUGUCAUCCAUCAGUGCCACCUAUCAAUGCCAAUCAGUGCCAUGCCAGUCAGUACCGCCUAACUGUGCCAUGUAUCAGUGCUGCCUUUCAGUGCCCAUCAGUGAUGCCUGUCAAUGCCCAUCAGUGCCACCUACCAGUGCCUCCUCAUCAGUGCCACCUAUCAGUGUCCAUCAGUGC